AAGGAUUCACCCAACCAUGCGCAUGAAAGGAUGCUGCCAUCUUUCCUUCCUCGCGGCGCCGUUGCAUCCUCCCUUCUACAUAUGUAAAAAAGCUCGGACCAGGCCCGAUAUUGACGUCGGAUGACUGCCGCCCCACUCCGGUCGAACCAGUUGCAGCUUACCCCGGUUGCGCUUGAUUUGCGCCUGCCCGCGUCGCCGUCCACCUGCUGCGCUCAGACACCGUCCCUCGACGCGACUUCCUGCGCGACAGAGCCCCAAAGCUCCUGCAUUCUACCCCAUUUCGCGCCAGGUGCCAUAUGGAAAUGUAAUUGUAUUUCACGACGGCAUCAACGUUCAAUUGCUCCAUUGAAUUAACCCAUCCUAUCCCGGCGAAUACUUCAAGCAUGGCUCCCUCAGACAAGGAGAUUGAGGCGACGAUCCUCGCGAAAGUUCGCGAAGUCUUCAAGACGGAUAUCGAUAACCUCAACGUGAACUCGAUCCGAAGGCGCGUCGAAUCAGACCUUGAACUCGAAGAUGAUUUGCUUUCUUCGGGAAAAUGGAAGGACAAGAGCAAAAAGCUCAUCAAGGAGCUCGCCACCGACCUCGUGGAGGGCAAUGCAGACCCCGAUGCAGACGUCGGGCCUCCGGAAGACGAAGAGGAUGCGAAGCCAAAGAAGUCUGGCAAGCGUCAAGCAGCCGAAAAAUCACCGCCUGCCAAGCGCAGAAAGCGCGCCUCUGCCAAAGUAGAGGAAUCCGAGGCGAGCGCCUCCGAGGAAGAGAAGCCACAGCCGAAGCCGAAGAAGAAAGCAGCCCCGCGGAAGAAGAAGGAGGAAACUCCUGUCAUCGACUCCGAGUCUGACGAAGCGAGCCCUGCCAAGCCGAAGGCGUCUAAACCCACCAACGGACGUGCGAGCAAGGCUGAAGAGAGUGGUUCAGAUGCCUUGAGCUCCCCGCCUGACAGCGAGGACGACAAGGUUGAGGAUAAGGAAGAAAAGUCACAAGACGAGAAGGUUGAGGCAAAAAAGGAUGACGAGUCAACCGAGAAGCAGCCUGAAGCUUCAGCUGACAAGAAGGCCGAGGAUCCAGCAGACGACACGACCAGCGAGCUAUCGGACGUCAUAGACGAGCCACCCAAACCGAAACGUAAGAAGAAGGAAGCCGGGGCGGGCAGUAAAACCAAGGCCAAGGCACCCAAGCAAAAGAAGGCACCGGCAGCCCCAGAGAACCCUGACGAUGCGGAAAUCAAAAAGCUACAGUCCCAUUUGGUCAAGUGUGGUAUUCGCAAGAUCUGGGGCUUCGAGUUGAAGCAAUACGGAGACGAUACCAAGGCCAAGAUGAGGCACUUAAGAGGCAUGCUCAAAGAUAUCGGAAUGGAUGGUCGGUUUUCAGAAGCCAAGGCAAAAGAGAUCAAGGAGCGCAGAGAGUUGGAGGCGGACUUGGAAGCAGUUCAGGAGAUGAAUGCCAACUGGGGCGCAGAAGGCAGAUCAUCUCGAAGCAAAGCGCGUGGCCAACCAGCCCCCAAGAAGGCUGUGAAGGAUGAUGUUUCUGACGACGAGAACGUCAAAGACGACGACGACGAAGAUGAUGAGGAUGAGGGGUCACACAUCCCGUCGCGGGCACGAGGCAAGGCGCGAGCGGACCUGGCGUUCCUCGGCGACGACGACGAAGAAUCAGACUGAUGUAACGAAUAGUGUGAUGGGACAUUGUAUCAUGUGUUGGCGGACCAUCAUACAUAUGAGUGUGCUUUUUGCUGGUUGUAUAACAUAUGUACCUUGAAAGCAUGAGGUCUCUGGUUUUUUUUGUGGCGCUACAUCGCGGAGUGUCGCCCGAAGAGGACGAGGGGCCACCAAAAGGCUGUACACGAUCUUAAUGCACUAAUUUUUGGACCACGGUG